CAUAGGUCAAUUUCAGUCGGCGUGCUCAUUUGAACAAGAAGAACCGCUACGAAGCGCGGAAGAAGAGCGGCCUAGUACUCAUAAUUCAACUUUUCAAGUCAAUAUUGUACGUAUAGUAUUGUUACGCUUGCACUUUGACAGCCGCUGUAGACACGUUGCAUCGAUCCGAGCUCCUCAUCGGGAUGGAGUGGCAGCCAGAUGAGCAGGGACUUCAGCAGGUCCUCCAACUCCUCAAAGACUCACAGUCGCCCAACACAGUCACACAGAGAGCUGUCCAACAAAAACUUGAACAACUCAACCAGUUCCCUGACUUCAACAACUAUCUCAUCUUUGUUCUCACACGACUCAAAACUGAAGAUGAGCCGACUCGCUCUCUGAGCGGUCUGAUUCUGAAGAACAAUGUUAAGGCCCACUACCAGAACUUCCCCCCAGCAGUUGCAGACUUCAUCAAGCAGGAAUGUCUCAACAACAUUGGCGACCCUUCGCCGCUCAUUCGUGCCACCAUUGGCAUCCUGAUCACUACUAUUGCCUCCAAGGGAGAGCUACAAACAUGGCCAGAGCUUCUUCCCCAGCUCUGCAACUUGCUCAACUCAGAAGACUACAACACCUGCGAGGGCUCGUUUGGAGCACUGCAGAAGAUCUGCGAGGACUCGUCGGAGCUGCUGGAUAGUGACGCUCUGAACAGACCCCUCAACAUUAUGAUUCCCAAAUUCCUUCAGUUCUUCAAGCACUGCAGCCCCAAGAUUAGGUCCCAUGCCAUAGCCUGUGUGAACCAGUUCAUCAUUGGCAGAGCCCAGGCUCUAAUGGACCAUAUUGACACCUUCAUAGAGAGCCUGUUUGCGCUGGCAGCAGAUGAGGACUCUGAGGUUCGAAAGAAUGUUUGCCGAGCCCUGGUCAUGUUGCUGGAGGUCCGCAUUGACCGCCUCAUCCCCCACAUGCACAGCAUCAUCCAGUACAUGCUGCAGAGAACCCAGGACCCCGAUGAGAACGUGGCUCUGGAGGCCUGUGAAUUUUGGCUGACUUUGGCAGAGCAACCUAUCUGUAAGGAGAUGCUGUCUGGACACCUGGUGCAACUGACACCUAUCUUGGUAAAUGGGAUGAAGUAUUCAGAGAUAGACAUCAUACUAUUAAAGGGAGAUGUGGAGGAGGACGAGGCAGUUCCAGAUAGUGAUCAGGACAUAAAGCCCCGUUUCCACAAGUCGCGCACAGUCACCUUGCAGCACGAAGGAGGGGAGGGCGAGGAGGGUGAGGACAUUGAAGAAGAUGAUGACGAUGAUGACGACACGCUGUCUGACUGGAACCUGCGAAAGUGUUCAGCUGCAGCACUGGACGUGCUGGCUAACGUGUUCCGCGACGAGCUGCUGCCCCACCUCCUGCCUCUCCUGAAAGGCCUGCUCUUCCACCCCGACUGGGUCAUCAAGGAGUCUGGCAUCCUGGUGUUGGGGGCUAUAGCUGAGGGUUGCAUGCAGGGCAUGGUGCCCUACCUGCCGGAACUGAUCCCCCACCUCAUCCAGUGUCUUUGCGACAAAAAGGCCCUUGUGCGCUCCAUUGCCUGUUGGACCCUGAGUCGCUAUGCACAUUGGGUGGUCUCCCAGCCGCCCGACUCCUACCUCAAACCGCUUAUGACAGAGCUUCUUAAACGUAUCCUGGACGGCAACAAGAGGGUGCAGGAGGCUGCCUGCAGUGCGUUUGCCACCCUGGAGGAGGAAGCAUGCACAGAGCUGGUGCCAUACCUGAGCUUUAUCCUGGACACGCUGGUGUUUGCGUUUGGGAAGUACCAGCACAAGAAUCUCCUUAUUCUUUACGAUGCCAUAGGAACUCUGGCAGACUCAGUGGGUCACCACCUUAAUCAGCCUGAGUACAUUCAGAAGUUGAUGCCCCCACUUAUUGCCAAGUGGAACGAGCUGAAGGAUGAAGACAAAGAUCUCUUCCCACUACUAGAGUGUCUGUCGUCAGUAGCCACCGCCCUGCAGAGUGGGUUCCUGCCUUACUGUGAACCUGUCUAUCAGCGCUGUGUCACACUAGUCCAGAAGACACUAGCUCAGGCAAUGAUGUACAACCAGCAUCCAGACCAGUAUGAGGCUCCUGACAAGGAUUUUAUGAUUGUGGCCUUGGACCUGCUGAGCGGACUGGCUGAAGGUUUGGGGGGUCAUGUGGAGCAGCUAGUGGCCCGCUCAAACAUCAUGACUCUGCUUUUCCAGUGCAUGCAGGAUACUAUGCCUGAGGUGAGGCAAAGCUCCUUCGCUCUGCUUGGUGAUCUAACCAAGGCGUGUUUCCUCCAUGUUAAGCCCUGCAUUGCUGAGUUCAUGCCCAUCCUGGGGCUCAACCUGAAUCCAGAGUUUAUCUCUGUGUGUAACAAUGCCACCUGGGCCAUUGGAGAGAUCUCCAUGCAAAUGGGUGCAGAGAUGCAGCCUUAUGUGGGCAUGGUUCUGCCUCACCUUGUGGAAAUCAUCAAUAGACCCAACACACCCAAGACUCUGCUGGAAAACACAGCCAUUACGAUCGGCAGGCUGGGUUACGUCUGUCCCCAGGAAGUGGCGCCACAGCUGCAGCAAUUCAUUAGACCAUGGUGCACAUCAUUGAGGAACAUCAGAGAUAACGAGGAGAAGGAUUCGGCCUUCCGGGGAAUCUGUGUGAUGAUCGGCGUCAACCCUGCAGGGGUGGUGCAGGACUUCAUUUUCUUCUGUGACGCUGUGGCCUCCUGGGUCAACCCCAAGGAUGACCUGAGGGACAUGUUUUAUAAGAUCUUGCAUGGCUUCAAGGACCAGGUUGGGGAAGAGAACUGGCAGCAGUUCUCUGAGCAGUUUCCUCCUCUGUUGAAGGAGCGCCUGUCGGCCUGCUACGGUGUCUAACCAACCACCCCCUGGUCCACACAGGACACCAACCUGUUAGGUUAAUGUAGGGGAGGGUUACUGGGGAACUCAUUGCACUGCCCAGAUUGUGGGGGAGAAACAAGAGCUGGAGGGAUGUGACUGGCCUUGAUCCUCCACUCAGCGGAUGGCCCCCUUUCCCCCCGCGCCCUGUGUGUCUCUGUAAGGGAGGGUGGGAGGAGGGUGGUGGGUGUGGGAGGGUAAACUGGGGAUAUACAUAUACCUCUCGGAUGAAACGCCUCACUAAAUCCAACACACUCAAAAGUGACUUUCGCCAACAGCACCGCAGGGAUCCUAGGUAGAUGAGGACAAAAAUAGGGGCUGGCUUUGACCUCCCCUCCUCGAUUCGAUUAUUCUGUUAAGAUAGGUGACAGCUGGGAGGGGAGGGGGGGGGCGGGGGUUGUCAGAUAGGUACAUAAAACGGAAUUAUCUGAACCAGCAUAUGGUGCCACAGUCCCAAAUACCACACUGCACGUAGUCCGAGAAUGACUUGCACAUGACUCGUUAUUUACUAAACAGAGAUGCCAUUCUCUGUUUCCUGCCCAGGGACUACAGAUGUAAAUGAGCCUAUAGCUAACUCUGGUACAGCUAAAAAGCUGUGCACUGUCCCUGUCAAAUAAAUAAAAUAAUAAAACAUGUAGAUGAGUUUAAACAGGCUCUUGCCAGAGGCUAUACACACACAAAAAAAACAUGAGACGCUUUAACUAUGUAACUGCAGGAAAUGUGCACAAAUGUUUUGCACCUUUUAUGGCGAAAUUGCAAAAACAAUUUGGGGUGCAUAUACAUGGGUCUUUAUUCUCUUUUCACAUGUACAUUUAGCAGAGUUUAAGUUCCUUCCUCUUCCUGUGGUUGCUGAAUUCCUCUUGAAUCAUAGGUUUCUUUGUUUCCCCUCAUUUGAGGCCAAAAAAAAAGAUGCAUUAGGUCUGUUCUCUAAGGUUUUACCACCGCAGUACCAAGUUAUUGCAUGGCAUAUGAUCACCUCUUAAGUGACGCAUGUUUGAGUGUAUGUCUGUCUUGUUGCCCACUUGAUUUAUUACAUUAAUUGUCAGUAUGGGGAGGCUGCCAUAAUUUGAAUAUGUCCGUGCUUGGUUCUUUUGUCCUCCCAUUCAUCCAUAUUGUCUAAUCAAUGUCCCUAUAGUUAAAUGGAGACUGUGUGUGAAGACCAACUAUAGGUAGAUUUAAUACAGGAAUCGACUCAUGUCCUAUUGUUUAGAGAAAUCACUCAUUGCAACAAGAGUUCAAAUACUGUUGAGAAUCCUUUUUGCUGCUGCUGCUUCGUUUUUAGAGUAUUUACGAAACGGACUUAAUGAGAGCGAUAAGACAUCACCAAGAAUGAAUUGGUUCUUACUGAUAUAAAUGCACUUUUUUUCUUUUGUAAGAAAUUUAGAAUUUCAAAUGUAAGACGUACAGUAAUAAUAUACUGAUCUUGAGAUAGUUUUUUUUUUUUUUUUGAUAAGUGAUUUUAGGACUGUUAAUGGCUUGCUAAAGUAAGCAUAAUGAUGAUAAUGUUAAGCAAUGGUAAAAUGACUAGGGUAAGACUUGAGGCCUCUUAACAUAGUUAGUUUUAUAAUGUAGCUCCUUUUUUAAAAAUGGAUUGAAAAGGAUUUAAGAGGGGGGGAGACAUCUUAAUGACAGUAUUUUGGAUCCAUGUCCCAGUGCACCUGUCAAUCCAUAUGUGUUUCGAGGAUGUCUCUUUCAUCAAAGCUUUUUGUUAAACGAUGGCUGCUUGAGCCAUCAAGGCUUCUCCUUGUCAUGAACAUUGCAUGCUUUUCAACGAGUCUUGCUCCUUUUUUUUAGUCAUUUUAUAACAGGUCCGUUUGGAGGGAUCUACCUUAUAAGAGCUUUGUCAAUGGAAAAUGCAACUCGCUGCUGGAUUAAUAAGGUACUUCUCCAGCUUCUGAUCAAACUAGUGAUUGUUGCCAUAUAUUCACCCGUCAAUACUGUGUAGGAUAUGCCUGGGAAUACACUGACUCCGAGUCCUAAUAGUUCUCCCCAUGACACUGGUUAGUUUAUGAGAGUGGUCUUUAUCCAGCUUUAUCUUUUAGUCAUUGUCCAUAGUGGACGGUUGUAAUGGAAGUGUGUAUGGCUGUUUGCCUGUUGGUGUUUAACUAUAAAGGUGUAUACGCGAGUACCGCUUAGAUGUAACUUUGCACCAGCCCUACAAAUAAAGUUAUGUCCAGGGCAUAGUUUGAGUCACGCCUGAGACGACGUGGCCACUGGGGAGUAUCAACAUUUGCCUGAAGAUGAAAACUGUCACUAAUUUGGGGGGAAACACCAAAAUCUUUCCCUUUCUGAGAAUAACGUUUUCGUGAAUAUCUGCUCACAUCAAUAGAUUAUGAAUUUUAUAGAAUAAGAUUUGAUGUGUUUUUUUUUUUUUUUUUUCCUCAAACCAUCGUGACAUGGAGUUUUCUUUUUGUAGCACAAGUGUUACCAAUGUGUGCAAGUAUUGAGAUAUGAAGUGGCCACUCAUUGAUCACAGGCUGGACAGAUGUUCACGGAGCAGCAGCUGGUGAAGCAUUAAUUACCAGAAUGUUUGAGAAGGAUGCAGCUCCUGUGCCACAAAGAAUCGGUAAAAAAAAAAGUUGAGACUUUACCACUCCUCGCUAUGUUGCGAUACACUAAGCUAUAUACAGUAAGGUAAAUUUAAAUGCAAGUUGUCCACAGGUUAUUUUUUUUAAUUUUUUAUUUUGAUGCUCAUGUGACAGUCUUUUUUUUGGUUUGUUUUUAUUUAUUUUUUGUUUUUGAUUUGUUUUAUUUUGUUUUUAUUUUUUUGUGCUCCAGUGGCACAAAUUGUUUUGGACUUUAAAAGUUUUUUUUUCUUUUUUUUUUAUUCUUUUUGUUUAAAGAAUAAUUUGUUUUCGUUGUUUUAUAGCGGACCAUUUGAUUAUGUCAAAUUUGAUGUGGUUGGACUGAAGGAGAGUCGGUGCUUGGUGCAUACCUGUAGGGAAGAAUGUGGAAAACUAAUUCAUAACUUUGUUUCAAUCUGAUAUCAAGGCUGGCAAUUGAAUUUGAUGUAGUACCUUUUCUUUUUUGCUCAACUGUGGUGCAGGUGGGAUGUUAUCUGAUGUAUCCCUUUUUAUUUAAUUUUUUGUGAAUAGGGGAAAAUAAAUUUUUUUUCUAUUAA